AUGCGAUCGUACGAGACGCGUCAAGGUCACAAGACUGCCUCGGAAGGUCAGCGCCGACGCCGUCUGUGUGGAGAGAGAUUGACGCCGGUCAAUAAGCAGUCUUUGGCGGCAGCAAGAGGGUGCUGUCGGACACCACCCGACAAUGAGGAUGGCCAGCGCUGUGUGUUGUACAAGGUGGUGUGCACCGCCAUGGGAGCAAAGCAGGACCGAUAUCGGUGGGCUGUACUACGGCAAAGGUCAACGGCAAAGGUCACUCGGCUUUCCCGAAAUGCAGACAUCCUCGACAACCGGCUACAGUGUGCCAAAUUUUCGCAAGCCAAAAGUCGCGUCAAGCCACGCGUGGGGCUUGCAAGAUCAAUGUGGAGGCAUUUCGACCUUUCUCCCCUAUCGACCUUGUUGCAUGCGGACGAUACUUUGUACCGACGACUUGACGAUCGCUUCGACGCUGCGCAAUGUCAGAUUACGGAGAGUAUAGCGGCCUUUCGCGCACCAAUAGGACAGUCCAAGACAAUAGACGGUAUAUACCGGACGAUCGAGAUAGUGAUAGCAGAGAAAUCGGAGCCGUCGGAGCUGCACCGAAGUCAACCGGCGAACUCCUCGUGCGCACAGGGUCUGUGCGUCCAUGUACAGCCCGAUAGGAUCUUCCGCCCUCGCUGGGUCAUCGGCAUGAUCUGGUCGGACACCGACUCAGCGUCUAGGCCUAUCGAUAGGUGCGACUUUUCAUCAACGACGGCGCCUGCGCCGACAUCAUUGAACGCACGAUCGUCACACAAUACUCAAAGUCACGCGACCGAACAUCAAAGUGAAGAGAUCACAAAUCAGAGAUUUGAGGGUAUUGUACAAAGUGCCAAGAGGGGCACCAACACAGCACGGGCAACGAGCAGUCGGAGGUGCCGACCACCUCAGUCGCGCCGCGAAUGCAAAGGGUGUUAA